CGAUCUGGUGCUGCUUGGUGGGAUGUAUGGAAGCUUUUUGAGCGAGAAGGAUACAGGGAAGAAGGUGUGGUUGAGGAUGGAUCAUGUGCUGGGGUGGGGUGGGGAGAUUGAUGUGGGGUUGAGUCUUGAUGGGGUGGAUGAGAGGCUUGUGCCUAGCGGGUAGGUCAUUGGAUUCUCAUCGUGCACGGCCACGAAAUGCAGUUCAAUUUAUUAUCCUUUUACGCCAUCAGCAUCCUAGACCGCAUAGGCCCCAUCAACGUCUGCGCCGACCUCGUCCGCGAAUUCAAAGCCCAAGAAGCCUGCAGCAACGGCCAAUUCCGCUUCCACCCCUUCGCCUACGACUGGCGCAAAGAGCCUGAAUCCUCCUCCACCGCUCUCGAAGCCUUCCUAACCGACAUCUACGCCAAAAACGGCGGCCAGAAAAUAACCGUCAUCGCCCACUCCAUGGGCGGGCUGAUCGCCUUAUCCGUCGUCAACCGUGUCCCGCACCUGUUUAAGAGCGUUACGUUUGUGGGGACACCGUUUGGAGGCGUGCCCUUGAUUCUGUGGCAAUUGAAACGCGGGACGCCGUUUUUGGCGCAGAGGAAUCUGAUGACCCCCGAUUUGCAUUUUGGGGCGCGGACAAGUUUUGUGUUUCUGCCGACUGAUGGGAAGGGACUUGUGGUUGAUGGGAAGAAUGGGGAGGAUGAUUAUCUUGUGGAUUUUUAUAACGCUGAUGAAUGGAUCCGCAACACCCUCUCCGAAACCCUCUCCGAAACAACCGCGCCCGAAACGCUCACAAAGCACAAAAAUUACCUCACAACAACCCUCGCCGCCGCCAAACGCUUCCGCCAAUCCCUCGCCUACAAUCCCGCCCUCCAAUCGCACUACCCGCCGUUCACACACCUCAUCUCGAGUAAAUGGCCCACCGCGACACGGAUAAAAUGCUCCAUCGCCCCGCCGCCCCCCACCGAGCCUGCGAGCACCGCUAGCACGACGACGCCGACGAUGAAACCCCCCGACCGAAAAAUCGACCUGAAGUACCUCUGGCCAACAACCUUCCUCCCCGGCGACGGCGUCGUCACGCGUACGAGCAUGCACAUGCCCGCCGGGUUCACAUGUCACGAGGUCGAGAGCUCGGUGGGGCAUUGGGCGAUGAUGAAUGAUUUGCGAGGUGUGAGGGCGUGCUUGAAGAGAGUUACUGGGAGAGUGGGUGGCGUGGGGGAUGCGGUGACGGAGGCGGUGAAGAGGGUGGUGGAUGGCGGGGCGAUGCCGGUGGCCCCGGAGGAGGUGCCGAGGUCGAGGCCUUUGGAGGCUGCACGGGAGCAGGAGGAGGCGGGUCAACAUGGAUCGGAUGCAGUUAGCGCGCAACUCGCGGCGGAGGAGGAGAUGAUCCCGCCGCCACAUGCAAACGAGUCGGGGGACGUGUCGGCGGAGUGGCAGGAGAUUGAGGCUGGGACUGUUCCGCCGGCUGGUACGAAGCUGGAACGGGAGAGCGUGCAGCGGGUCGGGCAAAGGUUGAGGGAGGCUGUUUCGGAGGAACAUUUGAAGGGGAAGGUUUCUGUCGUGUGAGAUAGGGAACACAAACAAGUUCCACGCUCGCGGGCUUCUUUACGUGUUAGCUUAAAUAGAAGAUGGGAGAGUGCCGGUAGCUGUAGGUAGAUAUGAACGAUGUGAGAUCAUCCGUAGC